AUUAAUUUGAAAUAACGGUCACGUAUGUGGCGCCAUGAUAGAAAUUUCAUGGAUGCAAAUCAUAUCCAUUCUUCGUAAAUCGUACUGCAUCUAUUCUAUUUUCUUUUAUUCGUAUCGUAUAUUUUACAUAUGUGCGCACGUUCAUUUGUUUGCGUGUAUGCGUGUAAAUAACAUUCGAAAUGACAGCCGAGGAACAUCAUCAACAAAGCUAUUGGACGAAAACUUUGGAGUGCAGUAAACCUGAGUGUGUAAAUUGCGGGACUCGGGAAACUCCACUUUGGCAUUCCACCGAAUCCGGUAAUCUAUGCAAUGAUUGUCUGGAGAAAAAAAGAUCCGCCGAAGCUAAUGGUGAAACGAAGAACGAGGAAGACGACAAAAGUGGAACAUUGAAACCUACUAGACGAAGUACAAGGAUAACGAGGUAUUGUAACUCGAAACCAAGUGCUCCACAUAAGAUUGUUCCAAAGGGUAAAGGCAGGCGAAACUUAUUUAAAAAAACGCCAGUGAAAGCUCCGACUGCCACUGCGACUCCUGUCACCAGCAAUUUUGUCUUCUAUAAAGGUACUUAUUUUCAAGUUGGAGAUAUAGUUUCUAUGCAGGACAUCGACGGUGGCAUUUAUUACGCCCAAAUACGUGGAUUACUUACCGAUCAAUAUUGCGAGAAGAGCGCUGCUGUAACUUGGCUUUUGCCGACCACCGCGAGUCCUCCGCCAGAAGAAGGAUUUUGUCCUGAAACUUAUAUAGUUGGACCAGAGGAAGAUUUGCCACGUAAAUUGGAAUGUAUGGAAUUUGUUAUGCACGCACCAUCGGAUUAUUAUAAACUUAAAAAUACUCCUUAUCCUCCGCCAUUAUUGGAGAAGGGUGUCGGAUACGUAUGGACGACUUUGAGGAAUGAGAUUAAUACAUUUAAAAAAUGAUAAAAGGGAUACUAUCCUUGGUAAAAGAUCUUAUUUAUUGUAAAACAGAGGUUUAUCUACGAGUGUAAAUACCUGCCUUUUAAUCGCGUAGUGUUUCUUCUGUUAUUUUGAAUUUUACUUCAUAAAACAAAGUAAACACGAGCAAACAGCAAAGAUUAUAAAAAUUUAAGAUAUGUCAGAGAAAUGUUUAUUAAAUAUACUUUUAUUACAUUAUAA